UGAACUGAAUCUCCUGCAAUGGAAGCAUCUAAACCUACAUAACCCUUUCCGUAAAUUAAUUUAAGAUAACCGAACUUUUUAGUCGCUAUAAACUAAAUUUUAAAACAGAAACAGUUUUCAGUUACGCAUUCCUUUUUCUAAAUAAACAAUUUUCUUUCCUUUCACAACUUUUUUAACAAUUCCCGUAAAAAAUGACGUCGACGCACGUUAAAUCUGAUCCCAACAGAUUCGUUUUUCUUUCAGUGAAGUAAUGGAAUUUGACGGUGUUAUCUUCCUAACAAACUCCGUUAUUUCUUCUAACCGACAACGCUUCUUUCAUCAUCAUCACCAUUACAAUGGAUCCCUUGAUCCGCAAGUUCCGCCGCCACAUUCUCCAUUGGCUUCACCGAUCUCGCUCCGGAUCGGUGUUUUUUGUGAGGAGAAUUUCGUACAAGGAAGUAAGAAAAGCAACUGAUAGUUUUCAAAGAAUAGUUUAUAGCAAUUCUGAAGUUUCUGCAUAUGCUGCGAAUUUUGGUGAUAGUGGUGUUUGUUUGGUGAAAGAAUUGAAAGAUUUUGAUAAAGGAAAUGAUGAGAAUUUUCAUAGACAAGUUCAGUUGUUGGGACGAUUGCAUCAUCGACAUCUUCUUUCUCUGAAAGGCUUUUCUUUGGGACAUGAUCGCAAGAGCAAGAGACUGCUUAUAUUUGACAACAUAGAUAAUGGAAGCUUAAAGGAACAUCUCAAUGACCCUUUAAAGACUCCCUUAAAUUGGAGGACGAGGUUGCAGAUAGCUAAUGGUGUUGUGGCUGCACUGGAAUACUUGUUUCUCUUCAGUGAACCACCAAUAAGUCAUGUCUCUAUCAGCUCUAGCAAUAUUAUGUUAGAUGAGAACUUUACCCCUAAACUAUCUGAUUUUGGCCUUACCGGUGGAAGUUCGUCGCCAUAUUCACAAGAUUGCAUGGGGCCGGAAAGUUGCAAGAUUAUAUUCCAACUUGGAGUGCUCAUACUGGAACUUGUAACAGGUCAAUCUUCGGAGAUGGAAGGUUCUGAUUUAAUUGAAUGGAUACAAGAAUCCAGAUUUUUUAGUUCCAUAGAUAAGAUGUUAGACCCUGAUCUUGGAAACAGUUAUGAGUAUACGGAGCUUAAAAGUCUUCUAGCUGUGGCAAAAUUAUGUAUCAAAUCAUGGGACAAGCCUUCAUAUACAAUUCUUCAGUUAUUUAGGUAUCUCCAAAAGGAGACUGAUAUUCCCCAAGAUUAGGUAUGUUACUUGUGUUUUUUGAACACCUGGCAUUGCUUGGGAGAAUAUAGGAGAAUGUUAGUUCUGUGUGAGUGUGAAUAUCAAUAUGAUUCUUGCCUCUUGGAGAUACUCAAUUUCAUUAACCUCGUCUGAUAGGGUAUUUUCACAAUAAUUGCUGAUGACACUGAUGAAGUGUUGUCUUUGUUUCGGAUCAUUUUACAAAAAUUCACUUCUCAAAAUCACUUUUAAGGUUUUAUUUAUUUGUUUGUUUCAGCUUUAAGAAAUAAAAAUUAAAGUGUAAAGGUUUUAAUUUCUGAUUAUGGUGAAAAGUUAUUUAUAGGAGCUGUUGAAAAUACUGUAUAUCAAUAGGUGUGAACCUAAGAGAGAAAGGAUUGUGCUUUAAGGACUACCUUUCGUUUUAAAUCUUUAUGAUAUUGAGGUACUACUAUUUAUAAAAUAUUAAAGAUUAGAUACCAUUUUCUUAUUCUUUUAGGACUAAAUAGAAGAAAUAAUUGUGCUUGAAAAUGCUACUUUGCGUAGCUAAAAAUGUUCUGCCAACCGGUUCAAUUUGUGUAAAGAAGGGAUGGAGCUGGAAAAGUUAUGCCCCCUUUGUCAUUUGGCUGCGGGAAAAUCAGAACUAAUUUUUGUGUAGUUUUAGAUGGCGCAAUUGGUGUGCUUUUCUUCUCAACUUGGGACCCAUGUGUCAUUGCAAACCGACUUGAAACGAUGAAAAAUGAUUGAACUGUGAAGACCAUUAUACGGGCUGGGAUCGUCUCCAUAUGGAGAGGAUAUUGAUCCUUGUUAUGCCACAACUUUUCUGUAUAACUCUUUGGAAGGCAUCAUAUGAGUUCCGGGAUACAACCACGCUAAUGCAGAGAUGAAUGCCCAUUCCAUGAAUGUGCCUCCCUCACCUGACAUGGAGCCUUCCUGAGUCCUGAUGCAGGAUGCAGGCUCUUUAAGGAGGGAUAUAUUGUUCAGGGAUUGGUGGCAAGGAAUUACUUGAAGGAAAUGAUGAGACUAGAUCCAAGUCCAACAAUGGCAGACACAGUGGGUCAGAUGGUGCAUGCAGAUUGCACAGGAGGAGGAGCUCAACAAAAUCAUUAUUGAAACUGAUGCGAAAGUGGUUUACAAAAUGUAUUUAAUCCCCCAUUUUUCUGCAAUAGAUUUUGAUUCUAUAUUGUUCAUGAUUGUAAGUACCUAUUGUUGUGUAAGUUUCAAUCUUGUGAUGUAUUAUUCCGCUCUAAAAGGCAACCAAGCAUUGUUGUCUAUAUUGUGAUAAAAGUGAAUAAAGAAGUAGGAUAGACAAUAUGGCAAGCAGGCGUCCAUCCUACAUACUUGUGGCAUCUGACUGUUAUUUGCUUACUUCAAUUUCUGGUCCUUCCACGGUUUGUUUGGGAUUUUGAUCUGAUUGAGUUGGGGCUUGAGAUUCUAAUUCCUCAGGGUGGUCAUCAUCAGACGUUCGUAUCUCUCACCACUCCUUAAUGAAAUGGAUUUGCAAGACUCCUUUCCCUUAGGAUUUGGAACAGGAGCUGACACCUCAAUAGAACUAGGUAGGGAUCCACUAGGUCUUCUGUCUUAUUUUGAUUACCUUGGUUCUUCUGCAACAUAAUUAUGUAAAGUGAAAUAUACUCAUUCUCCCUG